AAUGCUUACUAUGCCAGAAUAGUUCACUAUGGUGAGGCACGAUUGUGUUGUACACAUAGUAUUAUCCUGUGUAAACGUUACUUGUAUUGUGUGGCAUCAGCUUGUCAGAAAAUAUUUGAGAUAUAUUUGCUAUUCCUUGAAUUCAAUAUUCAGUGGUAAGAAAUAUGUCAAGAUGAAGAGAUCACAUUCUAGAAGCGAUCGAGAUGGCUAUGAACAUCAAAGUCAUCGUUCAAGAGAUCGCUAUUACCAUAGUGAUAGAAGUAGUAGAAGGAAUGAUAAUUACAAAAGAAGUCAUGAUUAUGAAGAAUCACAUGCAGAGGAACGAUCUUAUGGACAACAUGAUAUGAAAAGAUCAAGAGAUUAUGAAAAAGGAAAUAAAAGGAAAGAAGAAAAAGAUAAAGUAACAAACAAAUCUAUGGAGAAGAGAGAUGGGAAAAAUACCUCUGACGAGGUAACAACAAGACAAAAUAGAACAGUUGAUUUAAUAACAUCAAAAACUGGAGGUGCAUAUAUUCCACCUGCAAAAUUAAAAAUGAUGCAAGCAGAAAUCACUGAUAAAUCUGGAGCUGCUUAUCAACGUAUUGCGUGGGAAGCCCUAAAAAAAUCAAUCCAUGGUUAUAUUAAUAAAGUUAAUGUUAGUAAUAUAGGACUUAUAACUCGAGAACUUUUGAAAGAAAAUAUUGUCAGAGGUAGAGGUCUGCUUGCUCGAUCUAUAAUCCAAGCUCAAGCAGCGUCUCCAACUUUUACUGCUGUUUAUGCAGCUCUUACUGCAAUCAUUAAUUCUAAAUUCCCUAAUAUUGGAGAAUUAAUAUUAAAACGACUUGUAAUACAAUUUAAACGAGGUUUUAGAAGAAAUGAUAAACCUCUUUGUAUUUCAUCAGGUACAUUCGUAGCACAUUUAGUAAAUCAAAGGGUUGCUCAUGAAAUACUGGCAUUAGAAAUAUUGACGUUGCUAGUAGAGACACCAACAGACGAUUCUAUUGAAGUAGCCAUUGCAUUUUUAAAAGAAUGUGGUAUGAAAUUGACUGAAGUCACUAGGAAGGGUAUUGAAGCAAUAUUUGAAAUGCUACGAAACAUAUUACAUGAAGGUCAGUUAGACAAAAGAGUUCAAUAUAUGAUUGAAGUUAUGUUUCAAGUUCGAAAAGAUGGAUUUAAAGAUCACGAAGCAGUUCCAGAAGAGCUUGAUCUUGUUGAAGAAGACAAUCAGUUUACUCAUCUAGUGACAUUAGAUGAAGCAACUGAUUCUCAGGAUAUAUUGAAUGUCUUUAAAUUUGAUACGGAAUAUGUUAUUAAUGAAGAUAAAUAUAAACAGUUAAGUAAAGAAAUAUUAGGUUCAGAUGUUAGUGGAUCAGAAAGUGAAGAAGAUGAUGAAGAAGAAAGUUCGGAUGAAGAUAGCAGUACUGCUGUAAUGGAAGGAAAAGAAGAUGUAAUUGUAGAUAAUACUGAAACAAAUUUAACAGCCCUUAGAAGAACGAUAUAUUUGACAAUUCAUUCAUCUCUUGACUUUGAAGAAUGUGCUCAUAAAUUGAUGAAAAUGCAACUGAAACCUGGACAGGAAACAGAACUCUGUCAUAUGUUUUUAGAUUGCUGUGCAGAAAUGAGAACGUAUGAAAAAUUUUUUGGUCUAUUGGCAGGUCGAUUUUGUGCCAUUAACAAGAUGUAUGUCACUCCAUUUGAACAAAUUUUUCGAGAUUCAUAUCACACAAUACAUCGUUUAGAUACAAAUAAGUUACGUAAUGUAUCAAAGUUCUUCGCUCAUUUAUUGUUUACUGACUCUAUCUCGUGGGAGGUACUGUCUUGUAUAAAAUUAACAGAGGAUGAUACUACAAGUUCUAAUAGGAUAUUUAUCAAAAUCUUAUUUCAAGAACUUUCAGAAUACAUGGGACUAUCUAAACUUAAUCAACGCGUUAAAGAUGUUACGUUACAGGAAGCUUUUGAAGGAUUAUUUCCCAGAGAUGAUCCAAAAAAUACUCGAUUUGCUAUCAACUUUUUUACAUCAAUUGGUUUGGGUGGACUUACAGACGAUUUAAGAGAACAUUUGAAAUCUCAUCCAAAGCCAGCGAUAGCACCUGUAUUAGAACAAAAGCCUGAAAGUGCAUCUAACGAGACUUCCCCGUCUAGUUCAAGUACAUCAUCAUCUUCCACAUCUUCAUCUUCUUCAUCCAGUAGUUCAAGCUCAGAUGAUUCUGAUUUUUCCUCGGAAGAAGAAACUAAAAGGAAGAAAAAAACAAAGAAAGAACGAAGGAAAAAGCAGACUAUAAAAGAGAACAAAAAGAAACAUAAGAAACCGUUGCCACCACCACCAUCACCACCAGCAGUGCUGUCGUCGUCCGACCAGCCGACACUAUGCAAUGAUCCAAUAAUGGAGACCUUAUUGCCUGGCAAUACAAACAGUCAAUCGUACAGUCCGCAAUUAAAGACCGUCUUAAAGACAUAUCAGCUAUCCGCUGUGAAAAGCUUACAGGGUCCGAGCUCGGCUUUGCUUGGUAUGGACUGUAAGAGCCUAUUACAAGAUCAGGCACCUUGUUACUCCCCUUCGAGUCGAUCGAGUAAUUGUGUCAUUGAUUCAGCAUCCGAGCAAGUCUCUACGAAAGAUAUUGAAAAAGAUAAUAAUUUAUCAGUGACACCUCUUAUCCCAUGUAAAGUUCGCAGGACGGAUCAACCGCUUGAAGAUUCUGACGAGGAUCCUCAAUUAGAGCGCUCGAAAAAUGUUUGUGAGAAGAGAGAAUUGGAAUUUCAAAUUCCAAUUCUAACUGCACCCGAUCAAAGUUGUUCCGAAAGAUGCGAGACUGUUUUAGAGGGUGAAAGGAUAUCUUGUUUUGUGGUAGGAGGUGAAAGGAGGUUAUGUUUACCACAAAUUUUGAAUACAGUGCUGCAAGAUUUCUCACUUCAACAGAUCAAUCAAGUGUGCGAUGAAUUACAAAUUUAUUGCUCACGAUGUACACGAGAUCAGUUAGAGGAACUAAAACAUUCAGGAAUUCUGCCCCGUAAUGCUCCUUCCUGUGGCCUUAUUACUCAAACAGAUGCCGAAAGGCUUGUCAGUGCUUUGCUUUUAAGGACAGAAUCAUGUGACCUCUCUAAAAUUGGUCCAAACGAGGAUAAUACAGAAAAGAUCGUGUCUGCUAAAAGUGAUACCAAUAAAGAAGCUAUUGUCAAAUUUAAAGUAUAUCACGAGUGUUUUGGGAAAUGUAAAGGCAUUUUUGAUGCAAGUUUGUUUGAAUCUGACGAUUCAGUAUGUAUAGAAUGUAUCGAAUGUGGCUGCCAAUUUUCACCUCAAUGUUUUGUUAGACACGCUCAUAGAUCUCUCGAAAAUCGUACUUGUCAUUGGGGUUUUGAUUCUGCAAACUGGAGAUCAUACCUAUUACUUUCACGGGAACAAGACAAUUAUAAUAAAUCACUCAAUAUAUUUCGAGAAUUAAAAGAAAAACAUCUGUUAUUGGGUUCCAAACGAAAAUCAGAGUUGCGCCAUGAUUCAGAAAGAUUGGCUAAACGAAUUAGAAGAGAUGUAACAAGAGAUGAAUGUCCAGGAAUAUAUAACGGAAGUGGCUUAGGCUUAUAUCAUCCUGUAUCACAGGUAGCUAAUGCAACUGAUCCAUAUCUACAAAUGCAAUGGGCAGUUUUUGAAUUAGCAGCUAGAGGGGCAUCAGCUUUUCGACCUUGGAACACUACAAGUACUUGCAAGCAUAAAGAUAGCCCAUCGUUGGUGCCUGCAUAUCUAAGCCGAGGUCCACCUGUAUUGCAACAUCCAGAACGUGUGGUUCCACUCUCUGAAUGUAAACGUUUUGAACCACAUUUUCAACCAAAUGUAGCCUUAGCACCUAUACCUGCACCAUCAGUGCCUGUAGUACUUCCACCAUCUGCCCACCAUCAACGACGGCAUCACCAUGAACACAAACGUUAUAAUCAUCACUUAUCAAGCCCUAAUGAGAAGAAAGAACCUCCAUCAGACAGUGUAAAACUUGAGAAAACUCCUAGGUCUCCUAGUUCUGGACCUAAUGUUGGCACUUAUUCUGCAUUCCCUUCAUAUACAUCUGAAAGCAAUCAGAAAGAAUUGCCACAGAUAACUAAAAAUGAUGUCGGUGAAGAAGAAGAGAGUAGUACUGCAGUAACAUCUUCAACAGUGAACAUAGAACCACCUUCAACGGACAUUGGUAACUCUGCACUGGAAAGUGAUUCUGACUCAGAAGGAACAACAGCAAUAGAUUUAGAAGAUAGACUAGUGGCUUUAGAAGUACCGCAAGAUGUCCUGGAGCUAGCACGGCGUAUAGUUUCAGAGAAUGCACAGUUGCGACGUCAUCGGCGUUCGGAUGCCCGCGAAAUAUCUCGAUUGCGCAAUCAAUUACAAAUGCAACAGCAACUACAAUCUAAUUGUGAUGAUAAAAAGGAGGAACCAGCAAAUGCAAGCGCAGCAGACAGUACAGAAGGUAGUGAAGCAACGGAAGCUAUAAUACCUUCAAAUGAUAAAGAGUCUGAACCUGUUGUUCUAGCAGUUAGUAAAGAAUAAAAUCAAUGAUUAGAGUUUUUUAAAUUAUUUAAUACAAAACUGCUCAGCAAUUUUUUGCAUCGCUUAUCUUUUGGCCAGAUAGGCGUGCAUUAAAUUUAGUAUUAGAUCUAAUAAUAAUGAUAAAAUUCUAAAUGAAUAAAAAUCUGUUUAGGUUUAUGUGAUACAUAGAAAGCCUUCAACAUUGUAAAAUUUAAUUUCAAAUUUUUAUUGUAAUCAUAUUUCAUUGUAUCGAUUUUUAACUAAAAUCGAAUGUAGAUAUUGUAAUAUAUGGAAAAGCAACAUAA